UACGCCCGUGGAAAAUUGUCACCUCUCCAGCACGAUACAGUUCGUGACAUCAAGGCAGAAGUGCUGGCGGUGGAGAGAUACUGGUCAAAAAAGUUCUUACACCUUCUUUUGGUGAGCCUUUUGCCUUAAAAAAA